CAACAAUGCAUCGAAACGCCGCUGAUGAUCAGGUUCAAUCAACACAUUACCAAUCUUGAACUUUUGCGAUAGGAGAGAUGCCUCAAUAUGCCAAAAGCAUCGCGCCACAAGUCUUGCGUAGCCUGUAUACAAACUAAGCGGAAAUGCGAUAGAACAUGGCCGCGUUGUCAGCGAUGCAUUGCUAGAGGUUCUGCAUGUCAUUACAUCGGUCGGAGUGAUGAGCAGCCAUCAAGAAGUCAUGACCCCGACUUUGACCAGCUCAUAUCAAUCCAGGGCUCUUCGGAUGAGCAGGCCCUUUGCAGCUGGGCACUACAACAAUGUCCCACAGACCCAGCAUCUCUGGUAGACUUGCUCCCGGAUAGUACCACAUUCGAAUUCCCUAAUCACCCUUUCAACCUCGGAAGUAUGCCUAAUGACAAUGACCUUUUCAUUCACGGCACUCAGGACAUCACUAUCCAUCAGGCACCGAGCAAUGAUGAGCAAGACAUCAUGCAAACCACCACACCCAACGCGAUGAUCCGGACACGUGCAGAUUUUGUUGCAAAGCGAUUAAGCUCAAUACCGAGGACAUUUGCAGAACAAGGGCAAACGAUGUUCAUCCACCGAAUGCAGUUCCAGCAGAACUGUCAUCCAGCCUUGCAGGAUGCAAUGAGUGCAUGCGCCCUGUAUUGCAUGACAAAUGUGGCGAACCAGGCACUUGUGUUUCAAAACCUGGACCACAAAUGUCACCAGCUGAUCGCAAGUACCAAUGUCGAACUCAGUUCCAAGACGGACCUCCUCGCAGCUCUGCAGGCACUCCUUCUAUAUCAAAUGAUGCGGCUGUUCAAUGGCGACAUCCGUCUAAGAGCCCAUGCAGAGGCCGAUGGGCCGAUUGUAGCAUUGUGGGCUAGUCAGCUCGCGACUUACAUGUGCAAUUCAGAUCAUUCGCGAAUCAUAGAAUCAGACUCAACGACAAUCAGUAUGGCGACUAUGGAACCAGAAUCGGACUGGCAGUCCUGGCUUGUUGACGAGAGUAUUCGGCGCACUGUGAUCACGUCUUUCCUAUUAAAUGGUUUAUACAACUUUCUUAAGCUGGGUUCUCAUAAUCCUGUGGACUUGCGUAUUUACUUCACUGCACAAACCGCGCUCUGGAGUGCUCAGUCCGGUUUCAGUUGGCGUAGGGCCCGGUUAGAAAGGGAGUCACUCGAAAUACGGGUUACAAACUGGCAUGAGGCUAUGGCAAAGGCGGAACCAAGAGACCUGGAAGAGCUCGGUUUAUUGACCAUGGUACUAUUUUGGGGACUCGAGGGCACACAGGCCUGGUUGGGAGACGAGUUUACAGUCAAGCAUGGCCUACAGGCAAUAUGAGACGAUGCGGCACAAAAACUUUCAACGUGUGAAGCUCUUGGUUUUCCUUUGUAUACAAUACAAAUAGCGUUUUAGGAAUUUACAGUGGACUAUCACAGUCCCUGUAUGGGCUCGUAUUGCUUGAACUCGCCAGACACGAUACAAGGGGCUAAGAGCUGGAGACUGUAUACUUUGAGUUACCACCGGCAUUUCCCCAUCCCUCAGUCGACAAUGUCUGGUAAUCGUGCGUCCCCAAGUUCAAGCCAAGUGCUUUCCAUGCGUCAAAGUGACACUUGGUAGUAACGGUCCCACUCCCAGGACGCUUAUCUUGCCUGUUGCUGAUGUAUUGCCAAAAUGUGGAUGUGCCGACAAUAGACGGUUGAUUCACUUGCUGAUGCUUCCAGAUGUCAUAGACAGAGCCAUCGCAGGUGACUGUGCCAACCUUUUGUCCUUGGGCCGACCCUGCACCAUUGCUGGUGUACUCUUGAACGUAGUAUUCGAUGAGUGGGUUUU